UAGGAUUGUUCGGCAGAGGAGCCUCCAGCCCGGAGCGCACGCAUGUUCAGUUGACUUGAAUGGUGUGAAGCCCCAGAUGAGGGACUCAGGCGUCCGGGCAUGACAGCGGCUGUCACCGGGAGUGACAGCUUUCAUUCUGAGCUACUCUGCUAAAAAAACCUGCAGCUGACAACCAACAGUGAUCCAGGUCGGAUCCAGCCCGACCAGGACUAUGCCAGAGAUGGAGAAAGGGAGACCACCGGAAAAUAAGCGCAGCAGGAAACCUGCUCACCCCGUAAAGAGAGAGAUCAACCAGGAGAUGAAGACGUUUGCAGAAAGCACCAUGAACGAGCUGCUGGGAUGGUACGGCUACGACAAGGUAGACCUCAGAGACUCGGAGGCCAACGAGAUCAGAAACUACAGAGAGAGACGUCAGCACGUGUCUGUGCUAAAAGAGAACUCAUUGCCAAAACCCAAGAGCCUGGACACCCAAGUCGGUCACUCGGUCCUCGCACUGAAAAGUGGAGAGAGAGAGUCCUCCAGUGUCCCCUCUUCUUCACCCUCCUCUUCCUCAACAAGCUCAUCCCUAAUCACCUCUAAGGAGCAGAAGACUGCCCCUGUAAUUGUACCCCUUAUAAAGCCAUCAGCAGUGGAAGAUGUACAGAAUGUGCAGAUAGUGUGCGUUUGGUGCCAGAAGGAAGGAGUAAAACGCUACUCUCUAUGUAUGGGUUCAGAGCUCAAGAGCUUCUGCAGUGAGAAGUGUUUUGCCGCCUGCAGAAGGGCCUACUUCAAACGCAAUAAGGCCAGAGAUGAAGACCUCCAUGGUGAAAGAUCUCCUCAGCACCUCCAUACAGAGGACUCGCCCAGACUGGUGUUAAAGAUAAACAGCAAUGUCAGAUCUCUCUCCCCUGUGCCACAGGUAUGUGAUUGGUGCAAGCAUGUCCGUCACACUAAAGAAUACCUGGACUUCGGAUCUGGCGAGGAACGACUCCAGUUCUGCAGCACCAAGUGUCUGAAUCAGUACAAGAUGGAUGUUUUCUAUCGGGAAGCCCGUGCAGCUCUCACCAGCUCCAGUCCAAGCAGAACCAGCCAGGAGGGGAGGGCGGACACCAUUGUGGCCGGGCAAAAGCUACUCACUCCUGAGUCUUGGAGCAGCAGUGCAGGAGAAGCUCGUCAUCGAAACCUUUCCCCUAGAGGGCUAACGCCAAACCAUGGAUCGUCAGAAUCCACCUCCAUGUCCCCCUCAGAGACAUCCUCAUCUAAUUCCAAGAUUCCUAUCCCUGGGCUGAGGACCCUAGAGAGACCCAUCCCUCACCCUGCUCUGGAGGUGUCCCCCCACCCUGCUCCCCUUCAUCCUCCACCUCAUCCUCGCCUCCCUUUGGAACAUCAGCCGGUACCUCAAAUCCCCAUGCCCUUCAUCAGACCUCCUCUUCAUGCUCAGGGCCUGAAAAGCCCCCUUGGCAACCCUCCCAGACACCCAGGCCCCCCUUCAAGCCCUAUCCACAGACCUCCUCACUCUCCUCACCUGCAGCCCCCGACCUCUUCCAUGAAUCCCCCUGGACUGAUGCAUCCCUUCCCAGGAGCCUACUUCCCUGGCUUGCACUGCCCUUCUCUGAACAUGAUGCAUAGAGGUCCUGUCCCAAUGCAUCCCAUCAUGAACUAUGGUAUUCCUUCCUUUAGUCCUCUCCUGCCCCAUCCCACCAUCCUGGUGCCUUAUCCCAUUAUUGUUCCCAUUCCUAUCCCUAUACCCAUUCCUAUCCCCAUUCCAGUCCCUUCUAAAGCAACCCCAGAAACUCCAAGUCACAGUGGUGUUAUCCAGCCUGUACCAGAGGGGUUAGACAGGAGUAGAUCCAGGGCUACAAGGCUGCCGACUCCAGGGAUCCCUGAAGGGGACAGCAGAUUGGUAGCCAACAAAUUGGGUGGAACCUUGCCUCAAUGUUACCCUUCACCAUGUGACCCCAGCACAGAUUGGGUUAAAUCAGAGAGGCCAUUCCCAUCCCCAAUAUCCACACCCCACAGUGGAGCAUCCUCCCCCAGAGCACAGUACAACAAAUCCCCCUGCUCAGCCUCAGGGUUAGAAGGGCUGACAGACUAUAAGCAGCAGCAGUCAGAGAGACAAGUCAUACAAAGGGUUCUUCAAAGGACCCAAGUGAAGCCCAGUGCCAAUGGAGUGGUGGACCUAUCAGGGCUGGGAGAGUCAGAAACUGGGCAGGGUACCAGAUCAGGGCUCCACAACAUCAUUAGACCCACCCCUCCUCUACCACAGUCCCCUUCACAUGUCUACCAUCAACAGGACUCCCACACUCCACCUUCACACAACCCACCCAGCCCCACAGGUAGCAGCCAGUCGUACAAUGCUACACCCUCUGCCCUGAAAUCUCAGGACCACAGUCCGAAUGGGAUGUCCUCCCCACUCGCACCUGCCAGUCCGGACUCCUCACUACCCCAGAGAGUACCAGCACCACCCACUGACCCUGCACUCAGUGAGCUGGAGGCCAUCAAAGAGAACAAGUGCUCUGUCGUUGGCCCAGUGCGGGUUGAGGUCCCAGUCAGUCAGUCAGAAGAGCCCUUAGCAGUUGUGGGGGAGGUAGAAGAGGACCCCCAUGUGCCUGAUGAGGACCAUGCCUAUGCUCUGCCCACAGCGCCAAAAACAGGUGGGACCACCACCCCGCUGCUCUUGCCCAAACUCAGAGACAAGGGUAGCCUUCGGAGCCCUGCUUCUACGCCCAGUGCUGGAGACAUGGAGCCGGCUCUGAAGAGGCGAUGCCUACGGAUCCGUGAUCAGAAUAAGUAGAGGAUGGAGGUCAUGCCAUUAUGUUAGUGUCAUCCUCGGCUGGCCAGGGGACUUUGGCAGUGAUGACAUCACUCCAUGCAAAUAGCUGUGGUGUCAACAAGUGCUCCUCUACUCUGACGCCAGAGGCCAAUAAAGACAUUGUUAAAGACUGCCAUUGUUGGUUGUAUUGCACAUUUUAAUCAUUGCCAUUUCUGACCUGAUAUGUGUGUUAAUCCAAUGUUUGGACAAAAAAAAUAUUAUUUUCAGAGAAUCAUUGGUACUUUCUGACCUCCCCUGUCAAACAUUUAGCCCACUGUCUGAAUAGAUUAUUCGCAGAUUGUUUGUAUUUGAAUAUUGAUUCAGUAACCGAGAGCUUUGGUGGAGACCUCUUUGUAAAGUAAAAUAAAUAAAAGUUAUUCUAAGAGCAAGAAAAUGUGGUGUGUUUUCCCUGUUUUUCGAUCUAUAUCUUUUCUUUUAACUUGUACUUCUAAGAGGGCUUUAAGUAUACAAGUAUAUUUAGUGCUUAUAGUGUUGUCAUGUGGCCUAACCUUCUGAGUCUGAGUGUAAGCCUGUAUUAGCCUAACUCAUUUACACGCAUUUAUAAAACAAUUAUCCUGACAUUAGUUGUAGGACUGACAAAGUACUGAGAUCCCUGUACAUUUCUAUUUUUAGUGCCAGCGUGUUUGCAAGGCAGCGCAUCAGCAUUCCUAGAAUACUGAAAGUUGGUCAAGGCUCUGAGCUGUGACUGCAAAACAGAUGAAUGAGAUAACAGAGAAGGAAUUCCGGCUUAUUGAGGGGCUCGCUGGGAGCAGUGAUUA